AUGGCACAAUUCAUGUUUGACCAUCCUAAUUUGGCUAAAACCUUGCUGCCCAACUGUGGACAGGGAAAAGAAAGGUCUAGAAGAUUAUGGGAAGAAUUAGCUAACCGACUGAAUGCAUGUGGUCCACCUACUAAGGAAAUGUCGGUAUGGCGAAAGGUUUAUGCUGACCAAGAACAUAAUGUUAAAAAGAAACUUUCAUUAAACAAGGAAUCGAAGAUGAAAACCGGCGGUGGUCCUUAUGAAGAAAUUCCUUUGUCUCAAACGGAAGAACAAAUAGUUCAGGCAGCAGGUAUUGAAGCCAGCGUUGAUGGUAAUUCAACAAUUAAAUCUUUUGGAAAAAGGAAAGAACCAAAUGAAACAUUUUCAUGCCAAGUUGAGAAAAGUAUACAAAGCAUAUUAGAUGAAAAUUCCGAACUUGAAAGAGUGGAAAAAGAAACACCUAAACCAAAAAAACAAAAAACUAAUUCAAAAGCUGAAAGUAAAAUAGACCUUUUGAUGACCAAUAUAAAUAAAAAUGAAGAAUUCCAUACAAACUUAAAUUCUAAACUAGAACGUCUAUUAGAAUUGAAAGAAAGAUCAUUAAAAUUAAAGGAAGAAGAACAUACAGCCAAUAUGGCAAUUAGCUUAAAAAUCAACAAUAAUUUUGUAUUUAUUUUUAUUAUAUUAAAUACUAAUUUUAAUUAUUAA